AUGGUGGACACUUACAAAAACCUCACUACUAUAGGCUACAAGUGGAAAGAUCAUCACAUUGAAGAGAAUUGUCAAAGUUCUCAAAGACAUGGAAGGCAUGAAAUAAGUCAUAUUACAGAGAAACAUUCUGAAUAUACUCAAAAUGGUAAAGCCUUUGGAUAUCACAAUCAUCUUAAAAAGCAUGAAAGAAGACAUACUGGAGAAACAGCAUAUGAAUGUAGGCAAUACGAUAAGGCCUUUGAAUGUCACAGUUGUACUCAAAGGUUUGAAAGAUCCCAUACUGGAGAAAUACCCUAUAAAUGUAAUCAAUGUGGUGAAACAUUUGGAUGUCGCAAUCAUCUUCAAGUCCAUAAAAGAACACAUACUGGAGAGAAACCCUAUGAAUGUAAUCAGCGUGGUAAAGCUUUUUCAUGUAACAGUACUCUUCAUGUUCAUAAAAGAACACAUACUGGAGAGAAAUCCUGUGAAUGUAAUCAGUGUGGUAAAGCCUUUGCCCAUUACAGUAAUCUUCAAAUGCAUAAAAGAAGACAUACAGGAGAGAGACCCUAUGAAUGUAAUGAAUGUAGUAAAGCCUUUGCUCGCCACAGUCAUCUUCAAGUCCAUAAAAGAACACAUACUGGAGAGAAACCCUAUGCAUGUAAUGAAUGUGGUAAAGCCUUUGCACAACAUAGUGCUCUUCAAUCGCAUAAAAGAACACAUACUGGAGAGAAACCCUAUGAAUGUAAGCAGUGUGAUAAAGCCUUUGCUCAUCAUACUUCUCUUCAAUUGCAUGAAAGAAGACAUACAGGAGAGAGACCCUAUGAAUGUAAUGAAUGUAGUAAAGCCUUUUCUAGUCCUAGUCAUUUUCAAGUACAUAAAAGAACACAUACUGGUGAGAAGCCCUAUGAAUGUAAUCAAUGUGGUAAAGCCUUUGCAUGCCAGAGUAGCUGGAAAAAGCACAAAAGAACACACACUGGAGAGAAACCCUAUAAAUGUAAUCAGUGUGAUAAAGCCUUUGCACAACACAGUCAACUUCAAAUGCAUGAAAGAACACAUACUGGAGAGAAACCAUAUGAAUGCAAUCAAUGUGGUAAAGCCUUUGCACAAAAAGGUAAUCUUCAAAGUCAUAAAAGAACACAUACUGGAGAGAAACCCUAUGGAUGUAAUCAAUGUGGUAAAGCCUUUGCUGUUCAGAAUGCUCUUAAAUUACAUAAAAGAACUCAUACUGGAGAGAAACCCUAUAUAUGUAAUCAAUGUGGUAAAGCCUUUGCUUCUCAGAGUACACUUCAAAUGCAUAAAAGAACACAUACUGGAGAGAAACCCUAUGAAUGUAAGCAAUGUGGUAAAGCCUUUGCUUAUCAGAGUGCUCUUCAUGUACAUAAAAGAACACAUAGUAGAGUGAAAUCCUGUGAAUGUAGAAGGUAAAAUAUGUGGUAAAGCCAUUGCUUA